UCACUGCCUUAUUUUCUGCCGAUUGCCCAGCAUUGCGGAGGGGGAGACGCAAGCAGAUGUGAGCGGGGCUACAUCAGGGACAAUCCAGCUGUGAACUAAGUGGAAACCUGCGAUUUCAUUAAUAGUAUGUGGCAACCCGCGACAGAGCGAUUGCAGCACUUCCAGACAAUGCUGAAGACCAAGCUCAACGUGCUUACCUUGAAGAAGGAGCCGUUGCCAACGGUGAUAUUCCAUGAGCCGGAGGCUAUUGAAUUGCGCUCCACUACACCACUGAUGAAGACUCGGACUCACAUGGGCUAUAAGGUGACAUACCUUGGAAAAGUAACCAUCACAGGGACGCAAUUUCUGUCAGGGUGCACCGAGUCUGCUGUCAUUGGUUUGUGGGAGCGCAGGGCACUGGUUCAAGAUGAUGUUCUCAAUGCCAAUGCUAUUCUGGAGAUUCGGCCAUUCCAGCACAUUGUCAGGAUUUCGGGCAGAAGAUACGGAGAAAGACCGGCGACCUUGGAUAGCCCGUGUAGCGUGGAUGGUAACCCAGAUGCGGAGUUUACGCAAAGAGCCCGAAAUCCUGACAGGCUGCGGGUGCCAGAGCCGGACUGGAGGCAAUUGAGGCAGGAGGAACAACUGCCAGAUCUCAUCUGGCUGUGUGCUCUGAUUAUGCCAUGUCUAUAAAUGCCUCGAUCUGCUUAAUCUCUACUAACGUGCUAAUGCGCAUGCUAAUGCUCCAAUGCGCAAAUCCUGUCCUCCAACUUUACAAAAACUAAACACUUCUGGCACACUAUACUAUCAGGAGUGUCGGAAGGACGGUCUACACUGUACAUGUAGGCGGGAUUUUUAUGGUGACAAGUAAGGGUUAACAGGAAACACCUGUGAGGCGGAAGUAUGGACGAUAUAAAAUGCCGGCGAAUGAGUGAGCGGGGAGGCCUCUCUAUGCUCGGUGGUGCUUGGAAUCUACGCUGCAGCUGCCAUAUGCGAAGGCGUGUAUCUCGGGGAGAUUAUCGUGUUGUUGGGAUAUAAGGCGAGUACUGGUGGGGUGCGGCGGGUUGGGAAGUUAGCGACGCAGGUCCACGUUCAGUGGCAGCGGCGUGGACUCCAGGCGCCACGGGAAAGGUUUGUGGUUCCUUCUAGAAGCCGGGGUAUUAUUUAUGUUGUGGGUUUUUUUUUGUUUUUGGGGGGUUGUGAUGUCAUCCCCUGACUAGUUCAUUUAAAUAAUAUUGUUGUUUGAUAUGAAUUGAUUUCUUUUUUUUGUGUAUUCGUUUAUUUAGGAGGAACCUCAUGUUAAUCUGUAUUCCUGACCCCUUGUCACGGAUGUGUGAGCUGCCCAGGCCCUUUUAUUGUACAAGUGUGAACUAUAGCAGUGUGUUUUAGCUAAUUGUGAAAAGUGUUUCAGAGAUUGCUGUGUUUAGAUCAUUGUGUGGGGGUUGUGGUGUUGCCUGGCACUCCACUUACUUAUUGGGGCAGGGACAUUGAACUGUGGAAUCCUGGUAAUAAAUUCUUAUUUCUAUA